AUGCCAGUCAAGACAGCACAAGGAACUUUGAGUGGUGAAGACCAUUACGAAGGUAAUGCCGAUGCUAAUAUAAACUACGACGAUGCUAUUGAGUAUUGGAGCUCAGUUCCAGCCUCUGUGAAUGGAGUUCUAGGAGGAUACGGUGAGCAGACUUCAGUUCCUAAAGCUGAUAUAGUCGGAUCUCUGACCUUCAUAAGGAAGCUUCUCUCCAGAAUGUCAGUUGCUGAAGGUGAGAAGAAGUUGACCAUCGAUAUGGGUGCUGGAAUUGGUCGUAUAACCAGGGACUUCUUAUGGAAAAUCAGUGACGAAUGUGAUUUAUUAGAGCCAGUAAAGCCAUUUUUGGAUAGAAUGGAAGCUGAGUUACAGGACGUAAAGCAAAGAGGAAAGUUAGGUGACAUAUAUCCGGUUGGAAUGCAAGAGUGGGAAAUUCCACCUCAUAAGCGUGGAAAGUACUGGCUUAUAUGGUGUCAGUGGUGUGUGGGACAACUCCCAGAUGAAGAAUUGGUGAAAUUCUGGAUCAAAUGUAGAGAGAAUUUAAUGGAAAAUGGAACUAUGAUUGUUAAGGAGAAUAUAGCCACAUUUGAGGAUAUUUUUGAUGAAACUGACUCGUCCGUAACCAGAACUGAUACUAAGUUCAGAGAGUUGUUUGUGCAAGCUGGGUUUAAGUUGAUUGCCAGUGAUGUACAAAAGGGGUUACCCAAGGAACUAUUCCCGGUUAGAAUGUACUGUUUAAAAGCAAUAAUCUGA